AUGGGCUCGGACGUCUGGGUCGGCCCGUGGCGGCCACACCUGCCCCGCGGCCCCAUCGCAGCUCUCUACAGCGGCCCGGGACCCAAGUACAAGCUGCCACCCAACACCGGCUACAUCCUGCACGAUCCGUCGCGGCCCCGCGCUCCCGCCUUCACCUUCGGCGCGCGCCUCCCCACGCAGCAGACUUCGUGCGGCCCAGGGCCCGGCUACCUGGUGCCCGCUCGCAUGACGGUGCGCGGCCGCGACAGCGCCCCCGCCUACUCCAUCUACGGCCGCCCGCGCCACUCAGCGCCCUUCCUCACUCCGGGACCCGGCAGGUACUUUCCGGAGCGAGCGGGGAAUGCGGCGUACCCCAGCGCACCUCGGCACACCAUCGCUCCCCGAAACUGGGGCUUCCGCGCGGAGCCGCAGACCCCAGGCCCCGGGACCUACACUGUGCCCUCACUCCUGGGCCCCCGUGUCGUCGGUAAAAUCUCGGCCCCGACUUACUCCAUCUACGGGCGCAGCGCGGUGGGCAGCUUCUGCGAGGACCUCAGCAAGACCCCAGGACCCUGCGCCUACCACGCGGUGAACCCUGGGGUCUACAAGCCCCGGGCCCCCCAGUUCUCGAUGCUGGCGCGGACAUCGCUCCCCCAAGGCAACACCUUGAAUCCCGGGCCCGCGGCCUACAACGUGGACCAGCUAGGUUGGGGUCCGGGAGCCCGGGGCCGGCCGGCUGUGCCAGGCCAGCGACGUCUCCUGGAUCCGCAGCACCGGAAGCCUCGCGGAUGGAGCUUCGGGAUCCGUCACUCAGACUACCUGGCCCCUAUGCUGAUGGACGUGAAUGACUGAUCGGCCGGGCGGGCGCGGCCCCACAAAUGUUUUUCUUAAAAGAUUCGGGAGCCAGCAGCGUGUCGCCUUCCCUCUGCUUGCGGCGCGGCGGGCGGGCAAGA